AUGGAAUUCUUUGCAGGAGCCCCUCCGUUACCUCAUCCGUCCGAGUGCACGCCAGUGGAAAUGCGUGGACCACCACCGGCAUGGAUGCCGCCACAUCCACCAGAUCGUGAUCAUGAUUAUGAGAAUAACUACGAGGAUCCAGAAGAUAUUAGAGAACGAGGCUUUGAUAUGCAUCCUGACUGGCGCUUUUGUUAUGGAAUGAGUCAGACUCGCAUUGCCCUUGUGCUUUUAGAGUUGUCAUCACGAGAUCUUCUUCUCACAACUAGCACCACGGUACCGCCGCCAAAGUAUAACUCAUACGAGAUGUCGCUGUCGCAACAGCGCCGCUCUGGAAUGGUACGUGAGCCAUUGGCACCAGCCUUGGACGACUGGACGUCGUUGGCUGAGGGACAAACUAUUUUACACAAAAAUGCCGAUGGAGCAUAUUAUAUUCCGAGUGGGUCAGGUGAGUACGGUUGGAGAUGUAGAGGAGAUUAA